GCAGCUGUCAUUCCGGGAGCUGACAAGAUUUUCUAUUUGCGCCUACGUUAUAGGACUAAAGGAACUUUCAUUAUGUCUUUGCCAGAAGCAGUGACUACAGAUGAACCUGCAGCCGCAGAGAAAUUUUUAUUCAUGGCCCCUGUCAGCAAGACUCCCAAGAAGAUCCAGUUCGCUGAUGACAUGCAGGAGUUUAGCAAGUUUCGUACCAAAACUGGUCGCAGAUCACUAUCGCGCUCUAUUUCUCAGUCAUCCACAGACAGCUACAGCUCUGUGGCUUCUUAUACAGAUAGUUCAGAUGAUGAGAUGUCUCCAAGAGACAAGCAGCAAAUCACCUCAAAAGGUAGUGGUGACUUCUGUGUCAAAAACAUUAAACAGGCUGAUUUUGGCAGACGGGAAAUUGACAUUGCAGAACAAGAAAUGAUGGCUCUAAUCUCUCUGAGGAAAAGAGCACAGGGAGAGAAACCACUAUUAGGAGCAAAGAUCGUGGGUUGCACACACAUUACUGCACAAACAGGGGUUUUGAUAGAAACACUGUGUGCUUUGGGUGCUCAGUGCCGGUGGUCUGCUUGCAACAUAUUUUCCACUCAGAAUGAGGUAGCUGCAGCUUUGGCCGAGUCAGGUGUUGCAAUUUUUGCCUGGAAGGGAGAGUCAGAAGAUGAUUUUUGGUGGUGUAUUGAUCGUUGUGUGAACGCCGAUAGUGGUUGGCAAGCUAAUAUGAUCCUGGAUGAUGGAGGUGAUUUAACCCACUGGGUCUAUAAGAAGUAUCCUCAUGUUUACACACAAAUUCGUGGAAUUGUGGAGGAGAGUGUAACAGGAGUGCACAGGCUGUAUCAGCUCUCCAAGGCUGGUAAACUGUGCGUUCCUGCCAUGAAUGUAAAUGACUCUGUUACUAAGCAGAAGUUUGAUAAUCUAUACUGUUGCCGAGAAUCCAUAUUGGAUGGCCUAAAAAGAAGCACAGAUGUCAUGUUUGGUGGGAAGCAGGUUGUAGUGUGUGGAUAUGGAGAGGUUGGGAAGGGAUGUUGUGCAGCUCUGAAAGCCCUUGGAGCUGUUGUCCAUGUAACAGAAAUUGAUCCAAUUUGUGCUCUUCAAGCCUGUAUGGAAGGUUUUCGCGUGGUAAAAUUAAGUGAGAUUAUUCGACAGGUGGAUGUGGUCAUUACUUGCACAGGAAACAAAAAUGUUGUAAACCGGGAACAUCUGGACCGCAUGAAAAAUGGCUGCAUUGUAUGUAACAUGGGACACUCCAACACAGAGAUUGAUGUGACCAGCUUGCAUACUCCUGAACUAACAUGGGAGCGUAUCAGAUCUCAGGUUGACCAUAUAAUCUGGCCUGAUGGCAAAAGAAUAGUUCUUCUAGCUGAGGGGCGACUUCUGAACCUGAGUUGCUCAACAAUUCCCACAUUUGUGCACUCAAUUACAGCAACCACAGAGGCUCUAGCUCUAAUAGAACUAUACAAUGCCCCUGAAGGCCGAUACAAGCAAGAUGUGUAUCUCCUGCCCAAGAAGAUGGACGAGUAUGUUGCCAGUCUCCAUCUACCCACCUUUGAUGCACAUUUAACAGAAUUAACCGAGGAUCAGGCUAAGUACUUGGGGCUUAACAAGAAUGGACCUUUCAAACCAAACUAUUACAGAUAUUGAUGGGUCAUUAGAAGCUUACCUUCAGUAUCUCACGGCAGAUUUAGAAAGAAGACCAACCUAUAUAUAUAUGUUUUCAUUGCUGUUAUAUAUGUCUUGUUCUCUUUGUGCUGAUGCAUGUUUUCCCCUUUUCAUAUGGAGAGGAAACUGCUACUUUUGCAGUUUGGCAGGAUUCCAAGAUUUUGACCAGGAUCCCUAUAACUUGUUAAUCCACAAGUGUAAAAACUCUCACAGCACGGCAAAUAUUGCUGCUUUAAUUCACUCUGGUACCUUUUACAAGUUAUUUCUUUUUGUAUCCUGUGUUUGUAUGUCCUCUUAGAGGGCUUCCUAUAAUAACACGUGAUAAAAUAUUGUCGGUUACUAUAUUUUAUGUAGGUUAGGAUACCGCCAUUUAUGUUUGUAAGGACCAGAAAGUAAUAUUCCAGAUCAUUAAUGGGAAUCUAAAGCCAAAAAAUAAUACAUAACUACUUAAAGUUCUUCUCUUAGUAUUUUUUACUAUUGGAUUGCGAUUAUAAAUUGAGUCAACAACCCUAGGGUUAACUAAAUACAUGAAGUGCACAGAAAGAGCAGAGACAUUUAGGGUUGCUGACACUCUGCCCUUCAAACAGAGCUGUUCAGCUGUAAGCCUGCAAUUAGCAGUCUAAAACUGCUACAAAACAUGAACAUGUAAAUUGCAAAUGUACUUAGAGGACCACUUUCAAAAAGUUUUCAUCUAUCCCCUAUAACUGACUUCAUAUUCUUUGUUCCAUAUAUCACAUUCAGUGCUAAUAGGUUUUGGGAAACACAUUGUAAAGGCACAAAAUAUUACCUCAGCAUUUUGGUACCCUAUGUAGUAAGUAGACCUCACAUAGUAACACAGGAGCACGUAUAGCAACCCCAAACUGCUCGACCAACCAGUGCUACAGACUGAUGUCUAAUAUUUUUAUGGGUACUUGGUGCACUUAUUUUGGUGUGUGAGCUCUGCUUUAUUCCAUUAUGCAAGAGUAGGCAACAUGCUGUUCUUCAGCUGUUGCUGAACAAAAUCUUCCUGGACAUUAUCUUCUAUCACUGGCUGAGGGUUGUGGGAGAUGUAGUUCAACAGUGGAUCAGUAGCAACUAUUUGUCUAAUUCUAGCGUACACUGUGCUUGCUUUUUGCUUCUUUAAUGUAGAUUUAGCACUGAGAAAUCAUAUUUUUAAUCACCCUAAUUAUAACUGAAAUGAUUAAAUAUUUUAAGAGCAUUAUUAAAAACAAACUCUCUCUUUGCCGUACAUAACUGUGAAUCUUUGCUAUUGUGGCCUACUGAAAUUACUCUUAUAUGCAUCUCCAGCGAAGCUCAUGUUCGAUUUAUUGUGCAGUCUUAAAUUUGAUUAGACUGCAGCCUUCUGGUUUGGCUGUAUGUUGCUCAGGUGCUGCCAUGCUAUGUAUGCAUGUGUUAUCCACCUUCUUGUAGCCAUGGGGUAGUUAUGGUCACAUCUGGAAUUUGCCAUUAGUUACCGCUAAAGAUGAGUAGGGAAUGAAACCAGACACAGGCUGCAAAGACUGUUCCAGCUGCUCACAGAUUCUUUUAACGGCAUGAUCUGCUUAACAGAGAUUUAUUUUAUAUAUGAAUAGAUAGAUAUAUAAUGAUUUUUAAUGAAUGGAAUAUUGCAAUGAUCCUUGAAGAUAAGCAAUACAUAAAUAAAGCAAACUAUAUUCA